AUGCAACUUUCUUUUGAGUCUAUUGAGAAUAAAAUGAAUAAGCAGUCACUUGGAAGAGCUCCACGCAAGAGCAUCACUCCGUUCAGUGAAUUUGAUAUAGAAAAUCAAUUCAUCAAAUGGAAAGCACUUCAUCCAACUGUAGAAUAUGACAUUAGCGUUAAUCCGAAAGGCUCAGUUUACUGGUACUGGUCAUGCAUUGUCUCAUCGGCUUGCUUCUAUAAUCUCAUAUUUAUAACUAUGCUUGUUUUCGAAGACAUUCGGAAUGGAUUCUAUUCUCAUUGGAUUACGGGAAAUAUAAUCUGUGAUGUUAUUUAUAUUAUCGAUAUGUGGUUUCAAUCACGACUCAUGUUCUAUGAACAUGGAUGUAAAGUUACAGAAAUGGCUGAAACCCGAAGUCAUUAUUUAUCCAGCAGUCGCUUCAUGAUAGAUGUUCUUUCACUUCUGCCUACUGACCUCUUUUUAUAUAUUCAGUACGAUGCUUCUGUUUUGAGGUUGAAUCGCUUAUUGAAAUGUUAUCGCUUACUUGAAAAUUUUGAUCUAGCUCAAGGGAGGCUGACGCAGGCAUUUAUUUCUUUGAUGAAAAUAAUUAUCAGUUGUGCCUUGAUUUUUCAUUGGAAUGCUUGUGCUUUCUACAUCAUAAGCACUAUCAGUGAUACGACAUCGUGGGACGAAGUGAAUGCUACAUUUGACGAUGACGAUGGAUGGCCAUGGCCUUACAUGCCGGAAAAAAUUACUGAUGUCCACUUUGCUGAUUGUUCACAUUUCGAGCAAACUUGUGAUUAUCGGAAAGCUUACCUUGAUGAAGAACGAGAGGCGCACCUCAUGGAUUUGUACCAUUACUGGGAAAACAGAACCAUCAAAAUCAGUUUUUCAACAUUCACGAAGGCUUAUACAGUGUCUAUGUAUUGGUCGGCAUUGACGAUGACCACGCUGGGAGAACAGCCAUCACCCAAUGAAACGAUACAGUCCGUGUUCGAAAUCUUGGAUACUAUAAUUGGUAUGGUUAUAUUUGCCGGCAUCAUGGGAAGCGUUGGUGAUCUAGUAGAAAAGGCAAACAGAGUGAAAGCAGAAUGGCAGCAGAGAAUGGACGGUCUGAAACAAUUUAUGACCUACAGAAAUCUGCAUGCUGCCUUCCAACGCCGUGUGCUGAAAUAUUGCGAGUACGAAAUGGCAAAACAAGAGAAAAUGACGGAAGAAGAAAUGCGAGAAACGUUGCCGCCAAAGUUAUACACCCAAGUGAAUAAAUACAUGCAAUGGACGACCUUGACGACUUCUCCGCUAUUUGAGAGCUGUGAGACGCCGUUUCUGAGAGAUUUGGCCGGUUAUCUGGAGCCGCGGGACUAUGGUCCGGGCGAUGUAGUCUGCGCCAGAGGGGAACUGAAUAAGGAGAUGCUAAUUGUUGCAUCUGGCUACCUUAGCGUUGUGGAUCCCAAGAAUUUCACCUUGAGAACAUAUCGAGAAGGCGAUGUCAUUGAGGACAGUUCCAUCGUGUGGUUUCCAAACAAUCGCUACAGAAAUCGGAGAAAAUACAAUGUGAUUUCGAUCGGAUACUCGCAGGUCUACAUUCUAUUUCGUGACGAUCUUCUUCGUAUAUGGCGAGACUAUCCCAAAUGCCGCGAGAACAUUCGUGUCAAAGCUGAAUAUCUACAGUCUCAGGCUGGGGACUUGAUUGAAGAAAACUGUUGUUUGGAUUGCGAAAUGUAUGAGGAGUCGACUCUAGAGGAGCGUUUGAUAGCAAUGCGAAGUGUAAUAAAUUUGCUAGAGGAGAGCGUAGAUGAGAACUAUGAGAAGUUCAAGAAAAAAUCAAGCAGAUUUCGCGACCCAUUCUCGAAAGGGGCGCACCCCCCUCCCUCCCUUUCUCCCUUCGGUACGAGUACGCUACUGCGUACUAGGAUGUACACUUUCUUGCUCGUAUUGGCGUUUGCGACUACAACAUAUUCUUUGACGUGCUACGAAGGAAUUCUGCAAGGUCUUGAAAACAACACAAGAGUCGAAGAAAAGCACUGCAGUCCGAUGUCAAACUACUGCGUUCAAAAGAUCGACAAAAAGAAGAAUCAGAUAAUACGAGAAUGUAGCUCAUUUGCCGACGAACACAACAUGGAAGAGAAAUGUCCGAUGACUGGAUGUCACUGGCAAUCGGCUCAUGAGACUUUCUGUUGCUGCCAAUUUGACGGCUGUAACGAAUGGAAAUCUGACGGUACCGAGUACAGAAAGGGUGAAACAAUUCCGCCAAAUUCUUUGGAGAAACCGAAACCAUCCAUUGAUGACCUGUACAACGUGAAGCCCACACCAGCUCCGAAACCUGCUUAUCCUUCAUUGGUCAACACGGCAAGUAGGAAGCCGAAAUUGAGUACUGGCGAAAUAAAUUUGGAUUGAUAGUAUUUGUGCUGAUGUUUCGUUUGUCUGUUUAUGUCAUAUUAGAAAAGAAUGCUUGUGAGCAAUGAUUUGUCAAGUAAACAUUUUUUAACAUAGA